AGAAAAUUACUAUGGCUGCUGUAACCGAUGGUGCGAGAAGCUUACAGCCGUUGCCCGCGGCGACGGCCCGCCUGUUGUCCAGUACACAGGUCAUCACCUCUGUCUUCAGCGUGGUCAAGGAACUGGUGGAAAACUCGCUGGACGCUCAGGCCACCAGUGUGGACGUCAAACUGGAGUCGUUUGGGUUUGAGAAGAUAGUUGUAAGUGACAAUGGCAGUGGGAUCAGCCGUGCAGAUGCUGAGUACAUGGCCCAGCGACAUUACACCUCCAAACUGUCCCACCAGACAGACCUGGACAGUCUGGAGACUUACGGCUUCAGGGGAGAGGCACUGGGUUCUCUCUGUGCUGUUGCUGAUGUGACAGUCACCACGAAGACGGCAGCUGAUGACUUCAGCAUGACCUACACACUGGACAGACAGGGGAAGGUCACUAACAGCAAACCUGCACAUCUGGGACAAGGUACAACUAUAACAGUCACAAACCUGUUCAAGAAUGUCCCGGUGCGCCGACAGUACUACAGCGCCCCCAAGCGGCGCAAGGAGGAACUGAAGCGGGUGGAUGACAUCCUGAUGGCGUUUGGCAUCAUCAAACCAGACGUCAGGUUUUCACUCAUACAUAACAAGAGCACAGUGUGGCAGAAGAACAAGUCCGCCGACCACCGCAGCGCUCUGCUGAAGGUACUGGGUACUGGCACCAUGGCACUACUGCAGGGUGUGGAGCACAGGAGUCUGGAACCUCAGGUAGAUGUUCAUGGGUUCCUUCCCAAGCCAGGAGCUGACCCCCAGGCCGUCACACGGGCAGCAACUGACCGCUCUUUUGUCUUUUUCAAUGAGAGACCGGUCCAAAUGAAGGGAGUAGAAAAGCUGGUGCGUCAAUAUUACCAUGGCAGCACGUCUGAAGGAGGUUCCUCACGGCAUCCCAUAAUAUUCCUCAGCAUCAGGGUACCCCCUGCGGAGAUUGACCCGAACGUGGAGCCCAACAAAACCAAAGUUCUUCUGCAUCACAACGAUUCGAUCCUGUCAGUUAUUGAAGAAAUGUUGCAGACUGUAUACAGCUCUUCUGAUGACUCAAGCCACGAUAAUACAACAGGUACAUGUGAUGAAACCAGAAAAAUAUCACAUAACAGUACAAGUGCCCUGGACACCAACAAACUGCAAAACACACUUGAAGAUGAACAGCUGUCCUGUGCCUAUAGUUCAACUAAAAGUACAAAUGAAGAAGAUUUAACAGAAGGAGCAAAGACUGCAUCAAUAGACUGCGACAUUCAAGAGUCAGAAAAAGAAAGACGAGUUGAAAACGGUCAUGGUAGUCAUGCUGCAGUAACAGUGCAUGUAGAUGAUGAAAUAAUGGAUGUAGAGCAUUUGGGUACAGAAGAGAAUACAACUUUGGAUACAAGAACAACAAGCGACAUCUCAAGUUGUGACUCAGAUGUUACAAUGGGGGACUCCAUACUUGCUGAGAUCAAGACCCCUGACACCUCUUCCACAAGGCCCCAUAGGCCAGGAGAGGAAUCAGAAUUAUCCUUUUUCUCUAUCCCUGACUCAUUGCUAGCAGGAGUGGAGUCACAAGAGUCUCUGCAGCCAGCAGACAAACUACGUGAAGAUUCUCAGAUUAGUUUUUCUAUUUCUAGUUCUUUUCUCGGAGACCUUCCAACUCCAAGUCCAGCUAAAACUGUAAGGAAAGACGAAGAUGGCGUCAGUUUCAACCUCCUGACUCAAGCUUCCCUCAGUCUUGUGCUAAGUGAUGAAGAAAAAGAAGAAAAUGACAAAGAAGGAAGAGAAGAGAGUGAAGGUUUAGCUACAAAUACUUCAAAUUCAGCCAAUCAGACACUUAAAAAAGGUGGAAUUCCCCCUCUCCCUUCAUUGGACGGUGACAGUCCCACCUCAACCAAUCAGAAAGAGGAUGGGAUUUCAACAGCCAAUGAGGUUUCAGCAAAGACAUGGAGUGAAGGGAGGGGAUUGGUCAACUCCGUUGGAGAGCCAAUUGAACCUGUGAGACUAUUGGUCCCUGGAGCAGCCAAUCAGGGACCAGAAAAGUCACCACACACAGGAAUUGACAGGGGAAGCCCAGGAAGGAAAAACACCAUCCUGGAAAAGGAGGGCCAUACAACCAUGUAUGACCUGGUAGGGAACAAACCGGUGAAGAAGCCACAGUCAGCCUACAGUUUCUUCAUCAAGGAUGUCAGACCUAAUGUUUGCCAAGAGAACCCAGAAGCUGACUUUGCAGAAAUCGCUCGCCUCAUUGGUCAAUGUUGGAAUGAGCUGGCCAAUCAGGAGAGGCAAAGAUAUGAAGCCAUGGCAACCAGAGAUCAACAGAGAUACCAGGCACAUCUUCAGACACUGCAAGAAAGAGAAAGUAACGCAUCUGCAGAUUCGCCUGUACCAAGGAAGAACAGGCUGACCACCAAGAAAAGGAGAUUGGACCCAGUUUCCCACCAAAACCUCAUCGACAAAAUGUUCCAGUCACAAAAAUUAAGAAAGGAAAAAGAAGGAAACAAAGAGCCUGUUUUGAAAGUGGUGGACGUUAGCUUUAGAAUGACAUGGUUGAAAGAGAGGGUUGGGAAAGAAGAAAUUUCCAACAGGAGUGAUGGGGGCGAUGGGUCCCUUCGUCUGAUUGGCCGACUGGCACCACAUGGGGUGUGGGUCGGAGUGCAAGGGUCGGAGGUGGUUGCAGUUCACCAGUACAGGAUACAGGAGGCGUUGCUGUACAACAGGCUGAUGGAGACUCACGUGUUACCAAGGCAACCACUCAGGGUGCCGGUGGUUCUGAAUGAAAGUACAAUAGGAGGGUCCCUAGCAUGGCAAACCCUGCAGAACAUGUCGAGUGAGAGUGCCCACCCUGGCCCUGCUAGGAGGAUCUCUGAUCCACGACUGGUCAGCAACGGGUUCGACGUCCAGCUGACCUCGGACGAGGACGGGAACCAGAGGGCUGAGAUUGUUGCCAUGGCAACCUGCAUGCCCUUUUAUGGGGUGGAGGAUUUGAAGGAAACUCUGAGCCUCAUCAGUACUACCAACAGCACAACAGUAUCCAGUAGCAGGCCAUUUAAAGUUAAACACUACCUACAGGGCGAGGCAGUGCGCAUGUCCCGUAGUCUGUCCAGCACCAUGUCACGUGACGAGGUGUGUGAGAUUCUCAGGAGGAAGGACAGGGAGCUGCCCAGGUGUCGGACAUGUCUACACAGCCGACCCUUCAUACAGGGCAUAUACACACUGGAGGAGCUGUACUCACAGGGUAGUCAGUCACACAGUCAGGAACAGUAAUGAUGAGGUUUGUGUAGGUAGGUCACUUAAAAGCAGUGUUUUAAAUUCUGCUAACCACCUCAUCUGAACCCCAAUAACUAAUCAUUUACCAAAAAUCAAAGAAAUCCCACCGUGAGUUAUAGCUGACAUCUGUAAUGAAUGACCUUUACUAGCUGAUUCGAUUUGAAACGUCUGAGAAUUUAUCCAGCCGCUUGAUUGAUUUUGUACUGCGUAUAAUACUUGUUCUAACGUUUAUCAACGUCAUGCUUGUAGGACAUAAAGUUGGCACACCUUCUUACCUGUCUGGACUGUUCCAUUACACAUAGAUUCGAGGGUGGCCAGAAAACAUUUUUUCCCCUCAUUCGUGUUACAUGUAAUAUGUAUGUCCAUUGCAUACCCCCAUGGGAUAAGUACCUUUUAUUCAAAAGACAUGCACAUGCAUUGAGCUUUUGGGGGGAGAUACAAAAAAUAUGCU